AGUUGCUGUGCUAACAGGGAGGUUCCGUUGCACUUGAUUAGAUGAGGAGCAUCUCGAAGCCGGUAUGAUGGGAGCAGAGCGUAAAAAUAUGAAUGUAUGAGAUCUACAGUCCACCGUCGUUUGAAGGCACAUUCUAAAUUUUCGCAAAAAUGAAGAUUUGGAGCACUGAGCACAUAUUCAGCUACCCUUGGGAGACCGUGAUCAAAGCGGCUAUGAGGAAGUAUCCUAAUCCAAUGAACCCUAGUGUUGUCGGAGUGGACGUCCUUGACAGGAACUUGGACACACAUGGACGUCUACACAGUCAUCGGCUCCUCAGCACGGAGUGGGGGCUUCCAGCGGUUGUCAGAGCGAUUUUAGGGACAAAUCGGACCAUCACAUAUGUAAAAGAACAUUCCAUUGUGGACCCAGAAAAGAAAAAAAUGGAGCUUUCCUCAACAAACAUAUCCCUAACUAAUUUAAUAUCAGUUGAUGAAAGGCUUGUCUACAGGCCUCAUCCAGAAAAUCCAGAGGUAACUGUAUUAACCCAAGAGGCGAUCAUCACGGUGAAGGGGGUCAGUCUGAGCAGCUACCUCGAGGGACUGAUGGCUCUAACCAUGUCAGCCAAUGCAAGAAAGGGAUGGGACGCCAUUGAGUGGAUCAUUCAAAACUCUGAAAGGGAAAAUGUCCCUUUGUGUGACUUGUGUUGAACAGAGCCCAUGAGUGAGCAGCAGCAGCAGCACCAGCUCUGAAACCACAUCUGGCCUGUGUGACUUUGCCCAGUCUCUCUUUGUGUUGAUGUUUGUACUCGAAGGUAGUCAAAUUAGUGCUCAUUUAGGCACUGUUUUAUUUAAAACCUCAUAAAAUUGCACUAUUACAGACAAAACUGUAUAGCGCUUUGAAUGUCACUAAAAAAUAUGUAUGCACUGCACUGACUACCUCUUAUUUUAGAGUUCUUUUAAUGCCAUAACAGGGAUCCCAGUAUCGAUUGGAUGUUAAUUUGAAAUUAAGCACAUUUAAGUUUAGAAUAUCUAGAAAUUGAAUUAAUUUUUGCUGUGUUCUUAAUUUUUUUUAAAGACAUGAUUAAGAGGAAUAUGAGUUAAUUUUGUUGUUUGCAUGGAUAGUCAUAAAGUGUAUUUAACUGAUAAAGUCUAACUAAAACUUGUAGGAUAGAUACUAUAACUUAUUAAAAGUCAUUUUGUAGUGUUUACUUUAAAAGAACAUUCUAUAUUUCAUAUAAGUUUGUGUUGCUUCUUUACACAUUGUGAACAUAUUGUCAAUCCAUUUGUAAAGGCCUUUUAGUUUAUUUAGUAGAAUGAUAUGAAUGAAUGCUUAUUUAUGGAAAGGUUUUAUUUUUUUUUAUUAUUUUAUUUUUAUAGUGUUGCUGCAGUUCAGUACGAAAAGCAUGUUCGCUUUAUUUUGUGGGAAAAAUUUUACAAUGCAUAUGUUUGUAUAAUUAUUAACUGCCUAAUUUCUUUAACAGUUCAGUGUAUCACAAACUUGUUACAUUCGUAAACUCUUUGAUUUUUAAACAUUGCUUGUCAAAGUAUAUAAACAAAUAGUUGUUAAUGUCUUAUAGAGCCCCCUAUUGGCGAGUUUAAGAACUAUUUAAAACUAUUAAAAAAUAUAUAUUAAAUUGCGCUCGAAAGGCUGAAAUGGGCGGACCGCGAACGUCUUGUGUGAAUUAGUUUUUGUUUAAUUUUCUGUUUGUCCCAGCAUCUUUUUCAAAUUAGUUUACUAGACUUAAAGACUGCCUUGUUAUUGUAUAUCUGUAACCUCUGUAAUUGUUUCCCUAAUUGUAUUGUUUCAAUACAAUUGAAACAAUUGUACAACUGCGGAUUGUACAACUGCGUACAACUGCGGAGCUUCUGUCACGAAAACAAAUUCCUCGUAUGUGUAAACAUACCUGGCAAUAAAGCUCAUUCUGAUUCUGAUUCGAUGAAGUAUAAUGAAAUGGUCCUCAGUGUCACAGAUAAUUAAACAAUUAUUUCACUAGUCAUAGAACUACAGGCUUUAGGGAAAACGAAAUACCCUACUUGACAUUGCGUAAAGCUCCCCCACUGGGAAAAACAUGAUGAAACACCACUCAAGCAGAAGUAAACAAACUUAAACCUGGUUUGUACUGUAAUUGAGUCAUCUAGCAGUGCCACAUGAAUUUCAGAAUUAUAUAUUUCAUAAUGUAUUUUCAGCUUUGAUACUGUUGAAGAGACUGAAAUGUCUUUAUAACGUAUUGCCCGACAGUCAGACUCGAGCCCUUUUUUUAAUUAAGGCACAGCAGAAAAUCUUCACAGUCCUGAUGAUGGCUCCAUUUUUCAUUUAACUGUGACAUUUUAAUGCAGUUUUUUGUUUGGUCUGGGGCAAAUAAGUCAUGCAUAAUGUAUGCUAAUAAAGUAUCUUAAAUGCCAUGGUAUUAAAUGUUCUUUUAAUGCAAUCCCAAACCCUAUUUUUUUCUCUUAUGUAGAGGAUGAGGAACUUAUUCCAAGAAACAAAAUAAAAUUUUAGAAAGUUUCUUUUAAUGCUA